AGGUAAACAGUACACGGAGGGACUUUGUGUCCUGGAAGUGUUUUAUUAUCUGUGGUACUGGACUUCAGCCUGCGGAGGGCUCACAGUUCAGCGGGCACAGCUGCCGUGAUAAGCAGAAGAAGAAGCUCGCAGUGCGGCAGUCGUGAAGCGGAGCUCCUGCUGCCUGAACGUGGACAGCGACGAGAUGGAUAGCCACAGAAGCCGGAAGUAGGCUAGCUACCAGCUAACCUCUAACCAACACUUUGUUCUUGUCGGGGGAAACUCGCAGCCACCUUUCGGACAGGUGUCUGGGCGGGACAGGACUGUACUUUAGGCAAGCAUCUGCACUGUGUGCUCGUAAAUGUGACAGACCACACCAACACAACCGGCCUCACUAUGGGUCAGGACAGGGGGAAGUAUGAUUUCUACGUCGGUCUGGGAUUGGCCGUCAGCUCCAGCAUCUUCAUCGGAGGAAGUUUUAUCCUCAAGAAGAAAGGACUUCUGAGGCUGGCGAGGAAAGGAUCGAUGCGCGCAGGACAGGGGGGUCAUGCAUAUCUGAAAGAAUGGCUUUGGUGGGCUGGUUUACUGUCAAUGGGCGCUGGCGAAGCAGCUAACUUUGCAGCGUACGCGUUUGCUCCUGCGACCCUGGUCACCCCACUUGGAGCCCUCAGUGUGCUCGUCAGCGCGGUGCUGUCGUCGUACUUCCUGACGGAGCGGUUGAACCUGCACGGGAAGCUCGGCUGCCUGCUCAGCAUCCUGGGCUCCACCACCAUGGUGAUUCACGCUCCGCAGGAGGAAGAGAUCAGCAGCCUGGAGCACAUGGCACUGAAGCUGGUCGACCCAGGUUUCUUCCUCUUUGCGACUCUGGUCAUCAUCGUGGCCCUCAUCUUCAUAUUUGUCGUGGGUCCCCGUCACGGUCAGACCAACAUCCUGGUCUACAUCACCAUCUGCUCAGUCAUCGGGGCGCUCUCUGUGUCCUGCGUCAAAGGCCUGGGGAUCGCCAUCAAGGAAGCAAUCGCCGGUAAAAACGUGGUGAGAAACCCGCUGGCGUGGAUCCUGCUCCUGGGUCUGGUGGCCUGUGUGAGCACGCAGAUCAACUACCUGAACAAGGCUCUGGACAUAUUCAACACCUCCCUGGUGACGCCCAUCUACUACGUGUUCUUCACCACGUCCGUGCUCACCUGCUCUGCCAUCCUAUUCAAGGAGUGGGGCCACAUGGGCACGGACGACGUGAUCGGCACCCUCAGUGGCUUCCUCACCAUCAUUGUGGGCAUCUUCCUGCUCCAUGCCUUCAAAGACGUCAGCGUCAGCUUGGCGGCUCUCGCCGUGUCCAUGAGGAAGGACGAGCGGGCCUGUCCCGCGGCCAACGGCACGGCGUCCCACUACGACCUGCUGCAUAACGAGUCCACCGAGGACAUGGAGGACAGAGAGAUGGGUUUGCCUUUUGAAAACGUCUCCAGAAGAAACGGGGCGACGACGUCAUUAGAUCAUUAAAGGAACUCUUGUUUUUCAGCUGCCUACUGACUCACAAGCCGUGGCGUUCGCCGCGGCACGACGACAAUAAGACAAUCAACUGUAACGGGAGGACCAGUGGAUUGUAGUAACGUUUUAAUUUGCCUUACUUUCUCUGAAUAUGCUCCGUCACGUUCAGUUAGUUAGAACUUGAUUUCAUUCCUCUGUAGCGCUGUAAAUAUGAGUUUUUUUAAGAAAGGUUUUGUUAUAUGUACAUGCAUACUCAUGCACUGACUUACUUUCUAUGAAUCAAAAGGUUUUAAUAUAUAUUGUAUAUGAAGUCCUGAAGACAUUAAAGGACACUCACUAUGAUUUGAGGUGACCCUGCAGAGUAACAUCUUUAGUUGGACGUCGUUCUGAACUUUUGUUUUGUAGCGUUUACGUGAGAAGCUCGAGAUGAACCAACAGAUUUGUUACAUAUUUAUUGAAUUAAAAUGAUUAAAACAUUUGAAACACAAGGCACAGUGAAUAAAUGCUUAACAUGA